GGGAACGAGGGAUAGAGCCAUAGAGGAGAGGACCGACCAGAGUACCGGACACACAGCGAGGGGGAGGAAGAAGGAAGCAAGAAGGAGGACCGAGCAGGCCUAGGCCCUAGGGUAGUCCCGUCCGGUCCACUGCGGCGCAAGUCCGGCCGGCCGGCGGGCUGACUGCCUGGCGUCGGUAGGGGGCGACGGCGAUCUAUAUCUGUCGAUGGGCUACUGGUGGGACCGCGUCGUGCUGCCGGUGCGGCGGGCCUGGCUCGGCGUCGCGUCCCGCUUCGGGGUUCGCCAGACCGGGCUGUGGAGGCUGCGGCAGGAGGUGAGCACGUGCGAGUACGAGGACGUGCACGUGAUGUGGGAGAUGCUGAGCCGCACCACGGCGCCGGCGCCGGCGCCAGCGCCCAGGCGGCACAGCCGGUUCCGGCCGCAGCCGCGGCCGUGGGGCGGCAGGUUCCGUCUCUGCCGAGGCUUCUAGUGGUAGAUCAAGGCCGCCGCGCGCGUCAGCUCCGAUGAUGUUGCUGCGGUGCGGGGUACUAGUGAUUCCGCUUCAUUUUGGCUUCUUUUUUCUGUCUCUCUCUCUCUUGUUCUUUGGUUUUCGCUGCUUGUAUGUACCGUCGGCGUCCAUCCCUCCUGGCUCUGAGAUGUACGUACUUCCAUUCCUCCUCGUAUAUCCGUCUCCAUCCGCCUGCAGAUGAUAUACCGGGGCACGUGAAUGAACAGAGCUGAUUUCGGUCGGGUAAUAAUCCUGUCAUUGUUUCUACCAUACCACCUACCUACUUCUCCAUCUAUCUGUUGCAUAAUCAUGCCUCCUUAUCUGUUCUCUUUUUGACCCUUGACGACGAAUUCAUCUGUAAACAAAGGGGUAGAGAGUAUUAGUGUAGGAUUUCAAGAUUCAGCCAGUUGGUCUUGCUUUGUGCGUCCUGUUUAUUCAGGUUAAUUUCAAGCAAAGCAAUUCAAUUU